AUGAGUCGCUCUUAUAACGAUGAGCUUCAGUAUCUGGAUAAAAUCCACAAAAACUGCUGGCGGAUCAAGAAGGGCUUCGUGCCGAAUAUGCAGUUUGUGUUCGAGGAGCUGAGGAACGCCUGUCGUGGUGGAGGGUUCGGUGGUUUCUUGCCUGCUAUGAAGCAAAUCGGAAACGUGGCUGCGCUGCCGGGAAUCGUACACCGCUCCAUCGGUUUACCUGACGUCCACUCCGGAUACGGUUUUGCCAUCGGAAACAUGGCAGCGUUUGACAUGGACGACCCGGAGGCCGUGGUGUCUCCCGGUGGCGUGGGGUUUGACAUUAACUGUGGCGUCCGGCUGCUGAGGACUAACCUGGACGAGGGAGACGUGCAGCCGGUGAAGGAGCAGCUGGCGCAGUCCAUGUUCGACCACAUCCCCGUCGGCGUCGGAUCCAAGGGCGUCAUUCCCAUGGGAGCAAAUGUUUUUGUGUGUGUUUUAGAGUUUGUGUUUGAGUGGUCUCUGAGGGAAGGAUACGCUUGGGCCGAGGAUAAGGAGCACUGUGAGGAAUACGGCCGGAUGCUGCAGGCCGAUCCCAACAAAGUCUCGUCCAAAGCCAAGAAGAGGGGCCUGCCACAGCUGGGGACGCUGGGAGCGGGGAAUCACUACGCCGAGAUUCAGGUGGUGGAUGAGAUUUAUAACGACUACGCCGCCAAGAAGAUGGGCAUCGACCACAAGGGGCAGAUCUGUGUGAUGAUCCACAGCGGCAGCCGAGGCCUCGGCCACCAGGUGGCGACAGAUGCUUUGGUUGCGAUGGAGAAGGCGAUGAAGCGGGACAACAUCAUUGUGAACGACCGUCAGCUGGCCUGCGCUCGCAUCACGUCUCCUGAGGGUCAGGACUAUCUGAAGGGCAUGGCGGCCGCCGGCAACUACGCCUGGGUCAACCGCUCCUCCAUGACCUUCCUCACCCGACAGGCCUUCUCCAAAGUCUUCAACACCACACCAGACGAUCUGGACAUGCACGUCAUCUACGACGUCUCGCACAACAUCGCCAAGGUGGAAGAGCACAUGCUGGAGGGCAAACAGAAGACGCUUCUGGUGCACAGGAAGGGCUCGACGCGAGCGUUCCCGCCUCACCAUCCACUCAUUCCUGUCGACUACCAGCUGACGGGUCAGCCGGUUCUGAUCGGAGGAACCAUGGGCACCUGCAGCUACGUGCUGACCGGCACAGAGCAGGGCAUGACGGAGACGUUCGGCACCACGUGUCACGGAGCGGUGAGUCAUGUGAUCAGAUCUGCUACGGUAGUCGUGGUGGACGGCGUUGGGUGUGAGGACGUUCUGGAUAAACUGGCAGACCUGGGCAUCGCCAUCAGAGUGGCGUCUCCGAAGCUGGUGAUGGAGGAGGUGAGCUCUCUUCACAACCAGAAGCUCUAG